GGCGGACAGAUGAGCAGGAAAAAUGGCAGCACCCAGUAGGAAGCAGAUGUUGAGGUUUCUCAGCCAGCUCGGGGCGUUUAUUUUGACCAGAGUCGGAUUUUGGAACUGCUUCAGUAUGUUGAUGCUGUUUGCUGAGCGCGCGGACUCAAAAAGGAAACCAGACAUCCACGUGCCGUACCUGUACGUGGACAUGGGCGCGGCGGUGCUCUGCUCCAGCUUCAUGUCGUUCGGGGUGAAGAGGAGGUGGUUUGCUCUGGCCGCCGCUGUGCAGCUGGCCAUCAGCACAUACGCCUCAUACGUGGGAGAGCAGGUCUACUAUGGAGACUGGCUGAAGGUUCGGAUGUAUUCCAGAGCUCUGGCCAUCAUCGGAGGCCUUCUGGUUCUGGCCAGCGGAGCCGGGGAGGUGUACAGGCAGAAAGCUCGCAGCAGGUCCCUGCAGUCCACCGGACAAGUGUUUCUGGGAGUCUAUCUCAUCUGCAUGGUGUACUCGCUGCAGCACAGUAAAGAGGACCGGCUGGCCUACCUGAACCACAUCCUGGGCGGGGAGGUGACCCUCGUGCUGCUGGAGGUGCUCUUCGGCGUGCUGGCGCUGGCGUUCCUGUCCGGCUGCUACAUCCGGCCGGCGGCCCAGAUCCUGGCCACCGUGCUGCCGCUGGUCGUCCUCUUCAUCGACGGCAACGUGGGCUACUGGCACCACACCCGCAAGGUGGAGUUCUGGAACCAGAUGAAGCUGAUCGGGCACAACGUGGGCAUCUUCGGCGCCGUCCUGAUCCUGGCGACCGACGGCUGAACCGUGCACGCUCUCACACACACACACACAGGCUGAGAUUGUUGACUCUGUCACCGGCUGACUUUGCACUUCUUCUGUCAGUCGGCGACGCUCAGGAUGAAAACAGGCUCCAGAAAGAAAAACUUCCUCUUGUUUUUGGCUCUUUUUUAAUAAUUUAUUUGGACUCAUGUUUACAUUUUUGUGUUUUUAUUUUGCUCUGAGAUGUAAAGGGAACUUCUGCUUGAAAAGUCUUAGUUUUUGGAGCCAUUCUUACAGUUGUGUGAAUAAAACGGGUGGCUGGUGCUGAUGGAACGGGAGGCCUUUGACGCUACGACUCCAGACUGCGGACGUGUUCAUUAAUCACGAAGCUCUGAUUUUGUAUCUGAUGUGUAAAUAUUCAUAUUUUAUAUCAAUCAUUGAAUAAAUCAUUUCAAGUAUUUAAUUUCACUGAAAAACCAUGUAAACAGUGAAAUAUGAAAGCUUCAUGUUGGUACAGCAGUAUGUUUCACAUGAUCACUGAUUAGAUAUCUGAAAUAUCAAUAAAGACUUUCUUUUAUA